UAUUUCAUUUCUCGUAUCUCAAUCUCAUAUAUAUCACAUUUGUUGAUGCUACUUGCUUCUCGUGAGCCGACUAUAUUACGGACUGUGAGGAAAACAAGCUCGCAUCGUGCGUAGUUUACAUUCGUGCAUAGCACUUGGCUCGCAGCAGGAAAAUCUCUAGAGAAAUCGGGCUCUCGAACGCUAGGAGAGGAGGAUCUCUCGCGCUACGACACAUUCACGGACGUUGUCAUUUGAAAACGGAAGCCAUCUUGUGUGUGGCCGAGUCUCCCAUAUUAUACGAGGAAUAAUAGUCGCGGCUAUUUGUUCCGAUAAAUUGCUACGUAUAUUUUCCAAUACAUCUAGACUAUGCAUGAACCAUUUUGCCACACGUUCACAUAGCCAUGGCUGCGACAAGAAAGUUGCAAGGUGAAAUAGAUCGGUGCCUUAAAAAAGUAACGGAAGGUGUAGAAACCUUUGAAGAUAUUUGGCAAAAAGUUCAUAAUGCCACCAACAGCAAUCAAAAGGAAAAGUACGAGGCUGAUCUCAAAAAGGAAAUUAAGAAACUUCAAAGGUUACGCGAUCAAAUUAAGAGCUGGAUCGCGUCAGGUGAAAUAAAAGAUAAGAGUACAUUACUUGACUAUCGGAAGUUGAUCGAAACUCAAAUGGAAAGAUUUAAAGUUGUGGAGAGAGAGACAAAAACAAAGGCUUACUCUAAAGAAGGUUUGGGCGCAGCUCAAAAAUUAGACCCAGCUCAGAAAGAGAAAGAUGAGGUUACUAGUUGGCUUGCUAAUUCCAUAGACGCUCUCAAUCUACAGAUGGAUACAUUUGAAUCGGAAAUAGAAUCAUUACAGGCGGGAAAGAAGAAAAGAAUAGACAAAGAUAAGCAAGAUAGGGUAGACGAAUUGAAGACGAAGCUCGACAAGCAUCGCUAUCAUAUCCGUAAAUUGGAAACGUUAUUACGUAUGCUUGACAAUAUGUCCGUCGAAGUCAAUACAAUUAAAAGGAUAAAGGAUGAUGUUGAGUAUUAUAUCGAGUCUUCACAAGAUCCCGAUUUUGAAGAAAACGAGUAUAUUUACGAUGAUAUUAUCGGCCUCGAUGAAGUCGAGUUGUCUGGGGUUGGUAUACCCUCGUCAGCAACGACGGAUAGUAACAACAGCAACGAAACCGGAGGAACGCCGACUUCAACUAAUUCCUGUACUUCGCCUAUACCAUCACCAUCAUUGAGUUCAACUAUGCAUAAUCACUCGAGCGACAGCUCUACAGAUAAUGAUAAGAAAACAAAGCCUGUAAAACCGACAGCAGUCAGGCCAUUACUGAAUACACAAGCGAGCAUUCCAACCACGGGAAGCACUGCCACCAUAAAACCGAACAUAUUAUCAAGCAGCACUCCGAGCAAAACCAUUCCCAUGACGCCUAGCCACAGCUCGCCUAGUUCUACAAGUAAUCACAUUGCCACCACUAACGCCGGCAAUUUCGCCACCGUAGCUGCUUCGCACAGCAGUUCACAAACCAUCCAUUCUACCUCCAAUAAAACAUCCACCCACAACAACGAGAAUAAUCUCUUGUCGUCAUCGUCUACGUCCAGCAUUACGAAUGUGCCGCAAACAGUUACGCAGCAGCAUAAUAGUAAUUCGGUGCCGGCACCAACGACGCAUGUGCUACACAGUCAGCAGAGCCAGAAUCACAAUAGUGAAACGGAAAUAACUACGCCGAUACCGCCGUCGUCAUCGCCACAAUCAUCGGUCAGCAGUAGAUCCUCGCCGAUGCCUGCAAACUCCUGCUCGCCAGCACCGUCCACUGCCAAUGGUCUCAUCCCUAAGCUUCCUGAUGGGAACAUGUCCUCUCUAAAAUCUAUUGCCCAACAAGUAAUUGUCCGAGCAGGUCUCGAGAUACCGCCUUCCGAGCCGAAUAGAAACAUCUUUGACAGUACUAAGACGAACAACAACAGCGGCAACAAUGCCACGUCGGAAGCACACAUUCCUCCGCUGCUUGGGGUUGCGCCUCUGGGGCCUGUACCAUUGCAGAGGGAACAUCAACUGCAAUUCCAAAUGAUGGAGGCUGCCUACUGUCAUAUGCCACAUCCGUCUGACUCGGAAAGACUACGUUCGUAUUUGCCGAGAAACACAUGCACCACGCCACCUUAUUAUCAACAGGUUCAGCUUCCCCAUUCGGAUACCGUGGAGUUCUUCCAACGUCUUUCUACAGAAACAUUAUUCUUCAUAUUUUAUUAUAUGGAGGGGUCUAAAGGACAGUACUUGGCGGCGAAAGCUCUAAAGAAACAAAGUUGGAGGUUUCACACUAAGUAUAUGAUGUGGUUUCAAAGGCACGAGGAACCAAAAGUUAUUAACGAAGAAUAUGAACAGGGAACGUACAUUUAUUUUGACUAUGAAAAAUGGGGACAAAGGAAAAAAGAAGGAUUUACUUUCGAGUAUAAGUACUUAGAGGACAGAGACUUGAAUUAAUAUUUCUGUCGCUCGUCGGAUCUUCGAGAUACGCCAUUUCCGUACCGGUAUUGUGUUUCUGAAAUUUUGCAAAUGAUUCAGAUGUAAAAAAAAAAAAUUCGGUAAAGAAUACAACGGAAAAAAACAAAACAGAACAAAUUCGUGCAUACAAGCCAAUGAAAGCAUUUCAUUACAUUUUGAAGCUGCGACGAUAAAAUCUCUUUUAAUUGUUCUUUCAAAGAAAAAACCAUUAACCAUGAGAUAGAUGAAAGGAGAAAAGGAUUGAAAAAAAUUCAGAGAUUGUUUGGGAAAGAAAUCGAAACUAUUUGUAAAUGAUAACAAUGUGAGAAAACAAAGAGAAGGGAGAAAAAUAGAAAAAGAAACAACUACAUAAACAUAUGAAACAAUUCACUGUGCUGUGUGAUAAUAGGAGAGAAUGAAAAUGAGAUAGAGGGAAAGGGGAAAGGAUGGUAUACUUGCUGGCGACUGACUCUAUAAUACCAGUACAAACAUGCGUGCGGCCCUCCGCCGUCUGGCGGUAAGUGGAGGGCACUCAUGCUAUGGUAUGUCUUAAUGUUAGAUUAUAAGUAGCCUUUUUGUAUAAAGUGUAUCGAGGUAUAAAACCCUUAAAUUGAAUUAAUGUACAGAAUGUGUAGAAAUAGUGAAUAAUAAUAUUAUGGAAUAUA